AUGUUUUUAUAUUUGCCAUUGAGCAGUACGCUCGCUGCCGGGCUCAUGUGCUGAGCUUCUGAUCCCUCUCUUGCUGGACUCUCAGGAGCACAACGUUAUCCUACCAGAUUGUGGCCACAGUUCGCAGCCCCGCCCACCUAGUAUUAACACGUCUCCCUGUAGCCUCCCGCAUGGGCGCGCGCAAGGGAGGCAGCAUCAGCAUGGAGCAGCUGAAGACUAGGCCCCGCGAGUGAGCUCGCCUCGCCAUCCACUCAGCCUGCCUGCUGUGCCAUGGCAGCUUCCGUUCUCUUCUUCUCCCCCUCCGCUCACUGCCGCUGCAUUACGACGGCCACGACCCGAAGCAGGGGAGCACCGUUCUCGGCAGUUUUGCUGCCCCGGUGCCGCAGUCGGCGGCGGCGGUCGCGCUGCGCGGCGCUGGUGGCGAGAGCCGCGGCUGUGCCUCCCGGCCACGGCUUGCCUCGCUAUGAGACUCUGGGUGACGCCAAGGCCGCGCUGUACCAAGCUCUCCAAGGUGUCGACAGAGGGAUAUUCGGCAUAACCUCUGCCAAGAGGUCGGAGAUUCAUGGUCUGGUGGAGCUCCUCGAGUCCCGGAAUCCUACACCGGAUCCCACUGACAAACUGCAGGACAAGGUAGAUGGAUGUUGGAAGCUCAUCUAUAGCACAAUUUCGAUACUGGGGAAAAGGAGAACCAAGUUGGGCCUACGAGAUUUCAUCAGCCUAGGGGAUUUCUUCCAGAUAAUUGAUGUCAAAGAGCAUCACUUCUGUACACCCAAAGGAAAAGGCGGUGAAUGUCAUAAAGUUCAGCGCAAGAGCAUUGAAGAUAUUGUCGGGGCAACUUGCUAUCGAAGCAUCGUACACUAUCGCUACUAAAACAAGAGUGGGUAUCAAGCUUCAGAGUUCAACAAUCACCCCGGACCAGCUGAUGAAUAUCUUCCAGAAGAACUAUGACAUGCUCCUUGCUAUAUUUAAUCCUGAAGGUUGGCUCGAGAUAACAUAUGUCGACGAGUCCCUACGGAUCGGAAGAGAUGACAAGGAAAACAUCUUCGUGCUGGAGAGAACAGGCCCUUCAGAAAUUUGAGAACAUUUACAAAGCAAAACUGUCUGCAGACAUCUUUGAGUGCAACGACACUCCAAGAAGGAGUUAACGUCCACAUACGGCGCAUCAUUCUUUCUUUACGAGCAUAGAAACAUUUCCAUUCUUUGGAGAAAUUUUUUGCAAGUCCGGAAGUGUCAUGUAAGUAUGUAAACUAUGUAAGUUCAGUUACAUAGAGAAUCGGUAAAAUCCGCCAAAAUCUUAGAGAGGAAAUAAACUACUGUCAGAUUUUUUGAAGUACUGUACAUCGUUGCUCAGGUAUUCAUCCUUCCUUGUAAGAGCAAGACACCUUUGGAAACUACUCUAGUCUCCAAAAUUUGCAGCCGUGGAGAUAUUCUUCCUUGGAAACUAGUCUCCAAAAUUGGCAGCUUUGGGGUUAUAUAUUCUUCCUUGGAAACAAGUCUGAAAAAAUUUGCAGCCUUGGAGAAAACCGACGACGCGCGCCCCGGCCGGCCGCCAGUUCGACCGUACAGCGCGGCAGCAGCAUACCUGUGCCAUGACGUCAGCCUGCCACCGCUCUCCGUCCUCGCACGUACAUGUCCCUGUGCGCGAAGACGCGUUCAUAGGUUCUUGCAAAGCUUGUGUACGGACAACGCGACACAGGCCUCGGUUUCACCAAAAACACAAGAGAACCCCCGGCGCUUCGCUAACACCCUAUACGUCUGUACAUAAGCAUUCCAAGGGGAUUGAUUUUGUUCUGUUUUGAAAGUGCAUUCGAGGAGAAUCAAAGUAAGCAGCUAGGGUAGCGAUCAUGGGGAUCGGCGCGGGAGGUGGCGCCCUUGACGCCGCGAGGCCGGCGGCGGCGAUGGUGUUGGUGGAGUUCAUCUUCUCGGCGCUGCAGAUCUUCAUCAAGCUGGCGCUGGACGACGGCAUGGACGAGCGCGUCCUCGUCGCCUACCGCCUCAUGUUCGGCGCCGCCUUCCUCUGCCCCGUCGCCUUCCUCCUCGAGAGGAAGAAAAGGCCACCACUAACCAUGAAGGUGGCGACAGGGUUAUUCUUGUGUGGACUUUUCGGAAUUACCAUAAAUCAGAACCUGUUAGUGUUUGCCAUCAAGUUGACGAAUUCCACGACCAUCGUUACAGCUCUCAGCAACCUCACCCCUCAAUCUACCUUCAUCGUUGCAAUCUUGAGCAGGAUGGAGACCCUGAAGCUCAAAAAGCCCAGCGGUCGAGCGAAACUGGGGGGAACGCUGGUCGGGCUGGGCGGCGCGAUGCUGCUGACGUUCUACAAAGGCCCAGAGAUCAAGUUCCUCCACCAUCUGGCCCACGGGCUUAAUAGCCACGCCCACGGCAACCACAAGCAGCUCCUGAUCCCGCCGCCGGCCGCCGGCACCCGGAUCCUCGGCUCGUUCCUCGCCAUCACCAGCUGCUUCAGCUUCGCGAUCUGGCUCACGAUCCAGGCCAAAGUAAGCCAGGUUUACCCGUGCCACUACUCCAUCGCCGCGCUGGUGUGCGUCUUCGGCGCGAUGCAGUCCACUCUGCUCGCGCUCUGCAUGCACCGGGACGCCGACCAUUGGAGGCUCGGGCUCAACGUCAGGCUCUACUCCUCGGCUUACGCGGGUAUCGUGGCCUCCGGGUCCGCAUUCCCGCUGAUGUCGUGGUGCCUGCGGAAGAAAGGGCCCCUCUACGUCUCCAUGUUCGGGCCUCUCAUCGUCGUCUUCGUCGCCGUCAUGAGCUCCAUUGUUCUUGAGGAGACCCUGCACCUCGGAAUCGUGCUUGGUGCUGUCCUGAUUGUGGCGGGGCUGUACAUGGUGCUGUGGGGCAAGGCGAGAGAGCAGGAGGAGGAUGAGAAGGAGGAAGAAGAAGAAGCCGAUGCGCCAAAGGUUGUCAGUCAGGACGAAGAGCUGGGCAAGGAACCCAUUCCCCCGGCUGAUCAUGGUGAGAAAGAACGGGGAUAAUUUGGUGCUGUCAAGGAAUUGGAGGACCAGCAUGUACACACAAAUGUUCUUUCAUGCUGUUUCCCUUUCCUUUUGGAUACCCUGACGUUCCAAUAAAUUAUUAGGAGGCUUUUGUUUUUUGACA